GGACUGACGACACAUACCCAAAGCUUCUUCUGCGUCCCUCGGGUUUCAUGUCGAGGCACAGUCGCCGCUGAUGCCGAGGGUCCGGCAGACUCGGCCAUGCGGGUUGGACGGUUCGGCAUGUCGCCUCUACACCAGGUCAGUAAGAGCCCGUGCCAGUUUGUCCGGCAGCCUGGUCGGCCCCGAUAUGAAGUGGUAAAAACCGUUUUAGGAGAAGACGAUUCUCCGCCUCUGCCCGACAGCCCGAGACGGUCUCCUGUUGCGGCCCGCUUCACUGCCUGCCCCGACUACGCUCUGCCUGCUCCUUCACCUGUCACCUUUCCGUUGGUCCGUCUGUCCGCACGUCCAUGUCGCUGGUCGCGUGUGGGCUGUUCAGGCGGCCGCGACUGUCCACAUUCCUGUCGGUCUGCCCACCUGUCCGCUGUCGGCAAAAUGCGUCUACCGGGUCUGCCGGAGCUCAAGUCACCGGCUAAAGCGACGCUGGUCGCGAUAACUAUGAGCCAACCAAAACAGGGAACAAAGACGGCAGCCAAAAGUGGUGAAAUGGAAUAUCGAUCCGUCGGUGUGGCGACGAGCCGGUUUUCAGCAGGACCGACGGGCUGA